ACGCGACGAUACGGUUCCGUGAACGACCACAAUAUUGGAAAGUGAAAUUGUCCGGUUUUGGUCCUGUGCAUAGUGCAUAAUCGAUAUUGAAGUUAACGUCCAAAAUUCAAGUGUUGCGUAAACCCAUCUUUGGAAGCAUAACAAUUCAAUUAACUACGCAGCGAAGAGUGAUAAAAACAUACGAUCGAGUUUAAUAAGUUUCCCACAGCUCUCGAGAAAAUUACUCUAUUUAAACACAUAAAAUUCAAAAAAACCGGGUCAACUAAAUUGUGCAACUGCACUACCAAUCGACGCAAAUUACGCCAGAAAACAGGAUUGGCUUUGCAACAUAAUCAGUGCGCGAUUCGAGGGUAUAAUCCGUAGAAAAAAGAAAUGUGCCAACGAUGAUAAAGAUCCGCGAAGUGAUCCGCCAAAGCGAUCCAACGACGAUUGGCGGCCGAGGACGACGCUGCUGGGAUAAUGGUAGUUGCAGCAGCCACAGGCACAGCCACAGUCAUCAGCACCGCCGAGGGACCAGUUUUUUAACGACUCCGUUGCAAUCGCUAAUCAUCGUGUUUUGCUUGAUUGUUCCACUGAUUAAUCGAUGUGGCGCAAACCACGAAGAUCAUGUAUGCUUUCGGUAUGAUAGCUACACCGAGCUCGAGAUAGUGCCCCGCAACCAGACCGUUCAGGUGCUGACCAGAGAAUGGUGCAUGGAGAUCCCAUUUCGCUGUACCACCUACCGGCCGGAGAUCAAGGAAGUCUACGUGAAACAGAACGUCACUAAAACUCGCAAAAUCGAGCACUGCUGCGAAGGCUACGAGCAAAUUUCUUCCGCGGAGGAUGCCAACCCGUCCCCCGAAGGCACGGUAACGCUCCUCUGUCGCCCCAUUUGCCGCGGCGGUUGCGGUCGUGGCCACUGCGAAUCACCCAACAGGUGCAGCUGCGAGGCUGGCUACUCCGGGAAGCACUGUACCCAACGAUGUCGCAACGGAACCUGGGGCGAGAAUUGCAAGUAUCGGUGUCACUGCCAGAACUACUCGCUGUGUGAUGGCAGAACUGGCCACUGCCGGUGCACCGAUGGCUGGAUCGGAAAUCACUGUGAAACGCCAUGUCCAAAUGGGUAUUACGGAACGCUGUGCAAGAAUCAAUGCAAGUGUAAUACAAGUAGAUGCGAUAGGGAGAGUGGUAGAUGUCUAGCCGAGGAUGAUAUAGUGAUGUUUGAAAACAUCACACGGGUGAUGGAAACAGAUUACUCAGGUGAAAGUACUGAACGAAUUUCUCUGGAUCAAUGGGUUAAGGUUGAUAGCUCAACGAGCACUACAACUACACAAACCACGACAGAAGUUGAGUCCGUCAAUUCUUCGUAUGCUCAGUCAUAUCAAGAAUACCUUCCUCCCAACGUAAAUAUUACCUUCAUUCCAAUUGAAAAUGUUACAUCCACAACAGAAGAUCCCAAAAAUGAAACAGUAUACGAUGUUGAGGCAUCAACCACCAAAGUAGAAAUCACUUUUGUCGCCGCCUCAACAACCGAUAACCCCGUUCCGAAAAAAGAACCUGACUUGAUAUUCAUUGAAACUGAAACCAAGACUGAGCUGGUAGAGUUCGUUGAAAACAACGAAGAUCCAUCAAACAUUCCAGAGUCCGAAGAGGAGGUCAAUCACACCCAGGCCGUGGUUACCAUUUCAUGUCUGCUGUUGGCACUAGCAUUGCUGCUGUCGGUGGUAGCAUACAUGAAGAAAACCAAUCGACGGGCGAUGAUCAAACACCAGGAAAUCUUACAACAGCGACAGAUGUCCAUCAAUUCCGACCGUGGCCCGGACAGUCCAAGAGUAUUGGAGCCGCUACCGGACAUACCCAAGGUUACGUACACCAAGGUGAAGGGCAAGGAUCAACGCAAUGGAAAUACACAAUUGGAACACUACGACGUCCCGGUCAACAACUCUUCGGUGCACAAGUCUUCCCCCUACAACUACAACUUCACCCUCAGCAAACCGCCUCCAGGGCAUCAACCGGCGGCACGGAAGUACAGUCUGGAGCACAUCUACGACGAAAUUCAGUAUCCUCCGAUGGCGGAUCUGAAUGGAUCGGCGGGAAAUGCGGCGGCGACAACCAUUAUUGGUGGAAACAACAAUGGUGAACACUUUUCCAAAUCGAUUCUGGCCGACGACAAGAUGAUACCGGUGAAGGUGAUCGAUGAGAUUAAGGGGAAGCAUGCGAUAAUUAAUCCGGUGAACAUGUUUAAAGUUUUUGCUUCGUUUUUGGUGGCACUUUGCUGCCUGAAAUCUGGCCUCGGACAGGAUGGCGUAAAAACCUGGCAGAAAGGUGGUGGCGGCGGCGUCAAAGGUGGUCACAUGGUGGCCUUCAAUAAUUCAACGGCCGUCGUGGAGGACCAUCCCGUUGGAACGAUGGGAAUGGCCAAUCUGCACCGAGGUAACGAGUCCCAAAGUGCAUUGGAUCGAUUCAUGAACAAAACCAAGAAUGUGAUUCCGAAGGGGGUCUGCUUCGAUGAGGUUCCAACUAUUACGCUGGUGAGACCCCAAAAUGGACAAAUCCCGGCUGGAAAUGGGUCGGACCCCUCGCUGAGCCGUGUCCAGGUGUGCUGCAAGGGCUACGAACGGAACGUCCACAACUUCCGCAAGUGCGAUCCGGUGUGUGUGGAACCGUGCUACAAUGGGCUCUGCGUGGGACCGGACACUUGCGCCUGCUAUCCGGACUUUGUGAACAACCACCAGGGCAAAUGUGUUCCGACGUGUCCCAUUGGGUGCGACAAUGGCGAGUGCAAUCUGGAGAUGAACGUUUGCGUGUGCAGGGAUGGGUUCGAGCUGGAUGAGACCCAUAAGUUCUGUGUGCCAAGCUGCAGGGGUGGUUGUGGUGCCGGACGGUGUGUUUCCUUGGAUAAGUGCGAAUGUGAUCAGGGAUAUGCGGUGGAUGAGAGUGGCAAAUGUGUGCCAAAGUGUGGACCCGAUUGUGGAAAUGGAGUGUGUGUUGCACCGGGAGUUUGCCAGUGUAAACCGGGAUACGAGAAAACGGAGACCGGAUGUGAGCCGAUUUGUUCAGAUGGUUGCUUCAACGGGCUCUGCACCGGACCGGAAACGUGCACCUGCAAGCCGGGCUACAAGAUGGGUCCAUCGGGAAACAAAUGUGACGCCACGUGUGAUCAACCGUGCCUAAAUGGCGUCUGCACUGGCCCCAAUACGUGCUCGUGCCACCGUGGCUACGUUCUGGACGAGACCAAUUCGUUCAAAUGUCUUCCCCACUGCCCCAAUGGAUGUCCCAAUGGAGUGUGCUCCGGGCCCAACAUGUGCCUCUGCAAUGCCGGCUUCAUCAAGGAUCGUAGCCUGAAGGGAAGUCAAGCUUGCGUCAAACGAAAAAAAAGAAGAUCUGGGACAAUGCUCUAUUUGAAGAUUAUCGCCGUGGGAUUGUGUGUGGUGCUUGUGAAGGAUGCUGUGGAAGCUGCCGAGCCGUGCUCCAAUACUACCGUCAAGAUAGAAUACGUGAGACGAAACGGCAAAAAUGUAAUGGUCGCCCGGAACAAAUGCUGCAAGGGUUACGUCCGCAACAAGAACAAGUGCAACCCGGUAUGCACGACGCCCUGCGAAAACUCCAAAUGCACCGAACCGAACUUCUGCACCUGCAACGAGGGGUUCGAGCGACUGUCCAACUUCAGAUGCAUUCCACACUGCGAGGGUUGCGACAACGGGUUCUGCAUCAAACCGGGCUACUGCCAGUGCAACACCGGAUUCUACCAUGCGGAGAACGGAAGCUGCCUAGCGGAGUGUAACAACUGUGGCGGUGGAGCAGGAUACUGCUUGGAACCGAAUGUCUGCCUUUGUCGGGAGGGUUACGAACUGCGAACCGCAGGCGAAGAACGAACUUGUGAACCUGUGUGUGACGAAGGGUGCCUGAACGGGUCUUGCACGGGACCGAAUCAAUGCAGCUGCGACGAGGGCUACGUGAAGGACGAACUAGGAAGAUGUGUGAUGGAGAUUACCACGACUACUGCUGCACCCUGUGAGCAGGGUUACGAAGAGAUCAACGGAACUUGUAUUCCUAUUUGUGACAAGGAGUGCGUUGACGGAGAAUGCGCAGCGCCGAAUCAAUGCGAAUGCUUUGAGGGUUAUUCCAAUGAAAACUCUACGGAUUACCAUCAGUGUCUUCCGGUGUGCACAAAUGGGUGCCAGAACGGAGACUGUAUCGCUCCAGGGAAGUGCAUCUGUCACAAGGGUUACGGUAAAAUCGCAGAUGAGUGUAUUCCACUAUGUGAGAAGUGCUCGUUGGGGCAUUGCGUACGUCCAGAGGAGUGCGUUUGCGAUCGAGGCUAUGAUUUGAUUGAUGGAGAUUGCGUUCCGAUAUGCGAAGAAGAGUGCAAGAAUGCAAAGUGCACAGGACCGAACUCGUGCACGUGUUUGCCGGGGUACAACUACACGGAUAUCAACUCACUGUUCGAGUGUUUGCCAGUUUGUGAGGAUGAUUGUGAGAAUGGAGCUUGCGUAGCGCCGAACACGUGUGAGUGCAACCCAGGGUACACUAAAUAUGACGACAUCUGCUUUGAACCUUUGGUAUUGUGUCAGAUGAAGUGCAUGUACGGCCAUUGCGAUAAGGAUUUGCGGUGUCACUGCGAUCGAGGUUACAUCAUGAACAAGAAUGGGGAAUGUGAAAAGACGUGUCCAGAUGGGUGCAUCAACGGAGAAUGCCUUGGAGGAAGCUGUCUUUGCAACAAUGAUUACCGGCUGUCGUUGGGGAACGCUUCGUACUGUGAGCCGAUUUGCGAAGACGAUUACGAAUACGAAAGUGGCUGUGUAAAUGGCCGAUGCGUGCAGCCAAACGUCUGCCAAUGCGACGACGGUUACGACUUCGUAGACGGAAGCAGGACGAAGUGUCAAUCAAUUGAAGAAAUGCGUGCGGAGAAGGAACGGCAGCUGUGUGCUAAGCGGUGCAGCAAUGGAGUAUGCGAACAAGGAUUCUGCCAAUGCUCAAUGGGUUACGUCAACCCAGAAGGAGAUAAUCAUCGAUGCGUAGCAUUUUGUGAGCCGCCGUGCCGAAACGGAACCUGUGUCUUGCCGAGUCGUUGCGAGUGCGAUCAAGGCUUCGAGUUCUACAACGGAAGUUCGCAUAUUUGUUUACGUGUGGAAGAAGUGCAGCGAUUCAAGAUUCAGCUGGCGCAAAGCCGAUGCGAGGCAAGCUGUAGAAAUGGUAACUGCGAAGAAGGAAAAUGCUUCUGCAACGUGGGAUUCCGACACGCGGCGAAUGAUGAGUUCAACUGCCAGCCGUACUGUGAGAAGCCGUGUCUCAAUGGAGUUUGUGCAGGUGAUAACCGUUGUAGAUGCUUCGAAGGUUAUGAGAACACAAACAAUCCAAGCCAAUGUGACCCAAUUUGUGAACCGGGUUGUUGGAACGGGCAGUGCGUUGGACCAAAUGAGUGCAGCUGUAAUGUUGGGUUCCUGCCGGAGGAGGGAAGCUUGCACCGAUGCGAAAGUGAGUUGACGAAGUUAGAGGCAGUUGUAAAAGAACGCCAGAAGUUAUGCAAAUCCAAGUGUUCCAACGGAAUGUGUGUGGAAGGGAUCUGCAAAUGUGCGGAAGGUUUCUACAACGUGGACAAAACAAAGAUGACAUGUGAACCAUGGUGUACUGAGGGAUGCCCGAAUGGACACUGCACUGCUCCUGGAGAAUGUACGUGCGAAGAUGGUUUCGAGUUUACGAAGGAUCAUGGAUGUAAGGCCAUUUGCAUGCAGGAUUGUGUUAACGGAUAUUGCAGCGAACCGGGGAGAUGUGACUGCUUCCCAGGAUUCAAGAGGACUGCAGAUGUCAACACGUGCGAGCCCGAUUGCGGAGAAGACGGUUGUCUACACGGUCACUGCGCAGCUCCAGGCGUUUGCGAAUGCUUCGCUGGAUAUCAGCAAAGCGAAGAAGACGAUACGCGGUGCCAGUUGAUACCGGAGAUCAUCUACAAGGUGGAUAGCCAUAGCCACAGCAUGAUCUACAACGUAGCGUACGUCAAGUAUCUGGUGCCGCUGGUGGUGGUGGCCGUCCUCAUCACGGCCGCCCUCAUCACCAUGAUCGUGCUGCGCAACAAGCGCAAAGACUACCACGUCGGCAAGCUCGGUAACGUACGCCGGUCGUCGGGCCGGGUUCCACCGCAUCCCACCCCAUACGAUUACAAUGAUUAUAAUCUGGUCGUUCUUUUCCCCACAGAGACCAAAGAAAAUUGCGUCUACUUCAUGCCCCAGGCGCCGCUGGAAGGGGGUGGUGAAAAGGACGAAGAGGAUAAGUUUAGUGUUUAGUGAUUGUGAAGGUUCUUUGGGGGCGCAGGAAUGAAUGGGUGAUGAGCGAGAAGCGAAUGUCUGAUUCCAAAGGAUGUCAUCCGAAUGAUUGUACAUAGAGGACAGUUAGGGUUAGUUUUAGGUAACAAAUGCGAACUGUACUUUAUUUAUUUCUAUAAGUGACUACGAAACCAUUGAAUAAAUAUAACGAAGUUUUCUGUA